AUGCUUCAAAUUCCAGAUAAGGUUAUAGUGAAUAUGUUUAGGAUAUUGUCUUUCAUCAAAUUAUUGGAUAUUCUUACAUAAUAUUUAUAAUGCAGUUAUCAGGAAAAGCAAUAAUAGUAACAAAACUUCAAAAUUUUGCUGAAAUUAUUCUAGGAUCCAAAUUUUGAUGAAGCUAAGCAUUAUGCCUUGUUCAUUUAAUUCUUUUGGAGCAUUGUACCUCUAAAUGUCACUAAUGUUCUUCUUUAGUGGCUGAAUAGAAGGAUUCUUAGCAUAACUUAGAAAAUCAAUAGAAUGGAAGUCAAAUUUUGA